AUGAUUCUGUGUCGUGCCGCGCGAAAACUACAAAUGACUGAACAAAUUUUGGGCAGCACUGAUGAUAUUAAAAAAGACCUCACAGCUGCAGAAAUCUCGGACAUAAUUGUGAAAGGUAUGAGUCGCCUUCAUGAUGAAACGACAGCCCUAGAACUAUUGGAUAUGGAAGCCAUCGAGAGACUGCUUGGCAAAACUGAUGAAAAUGGACACUGGGUUAUCGUAAGGGAGAAGGAUGAACGAGAGAGCCCCGCUGAAGGAAAAAUAACGAAGGGGAAUGGUGAUGAAAUGGAGAAUAUGUACAUCUUUGAAGGACGCGACUACAAACAAGAUGUUGCUGUUUUGCAAAAUAUUGUAGGCGAGGAGACAACAGAAGCAGAUGAUGAUAUUCGACGAAUUGCUCGAAACCAUCCGCCGUCGGGAGCAGUUGAAAGGCGAACGCGUAAACCGUUAUCCAAGGAAGAGAUUGAGGAGAGG